AUAGCUCAACACCUCAUAUCUUGUUGGAUAAUCUUGCCCCUCUUUACCCCAAGGUGUAUUAAACUGAUAAGAAUUUAAGGCUGCUGGUGAAUGAGUGUCUGUUGUGGCUAUAAAAAAGAGAUUGGUCCUCUCUUCAUAGCCUCCCCUCUUGCUUACCAUUAGAGAGAGAGAGAGAGAGCGGAGAGACUGGCGGAGAGAUGGGGAAUUGCCAAGCCAUUGAUGCGGCAACACUUGUGAUACAACACCCAGGUGGGAAAGUGGACAAAUUGUAUUGGCCUGUGACGGCUAGAGAGAUUAUGAAGAUGAAUCCUGGUCACUAUGUGGCUCUUCUCAUCUCUACUGCCAUGUUUACUCCAAAUGAAAGUAAUAACAAUAGUGAAACCACCAGUAAUUCGGUUCGUUUAACUCGAAUCAAGCUUCUCCGCCCGGCUGACAUGCUUGUUCUUGGCCAAGUUUACAGGCUCAUCACUUCUCAAGAGGUUAUGAGAGGCUUAUCAGCAAAGAAACAAGCAAAGGUUAAACAAAACCAGUUAGAAGCAGCAGAGAAGCCAGAGAGGAGGAAAGAACAUCCGCCCCGACGUUCCGAUGCAGCAGCAGCUGGAAGAUCUGUCUCUGAUCAAGAUCCUGUUCAGGCGACGAAACACGAGAAGAACAACGGACCGAGGACAAGUACAUCGACGACAACCUCGGCCACGGCCCGAUCAAGAACAUGGCAACCUUCAUUACAUAGCAUCUCAGAAGGUGGAAGCUAAUCAUUUAUGUUCCCUAUUCCCACAUGCUAUUGAGAGACAGGGUGGCACAGAUUGUGGUAUAAGUUGGUGAUAAUGAUAUUAGAGUGGUGGCUGUAAAAGAGUUGUUUGAAACUGUGCAUAGGAAAGGGAAAGCAGGGUGGGUAAUAUUAUAUAGUGUAAGGAGUUAAGAUUCUUCAAACAUCUCUGUAAAUCCAAAGUCAUUUUCAGUAAUGAAAUAUGGGACUUCAGCAAAAGAACAGA